GCUCCUCGUUUAUUUAUCUGUGUGUACAAUCAAGAUUGUACACACACUUUGGCUUUAUCUUGAAUUAAUUGAUGAUUGUGUUUUUGUGGAUCUUAUUAGAUACGAAUGUAGGUGCCUCCAUAUGGUUCAUCACAUGCACAAAAAUUUAGUGCAAAUCUUGAUACAAUUUUCAAAACAAGAAAAGUUUUUGGCGUUGUUUGAAAAGUCAGGUUUUAUGGAUAUGUGGUCGUUAUGUUAAUAUUGUUUAAAACUUUUGAAAAAUAAAAUAAAACAUGCAUAGUCAGCAUAGCUAUGGAAAGUCAACAAAACCAAAGAAGAUUUCUUCAAGAAAUGUAAAUACUGUUAACUUGAGUUUGCAUUAUAAUGCGUUUGCAAAUGAAAGGGAUACCAACAGCUUAGCUGCGAAAAAUGAAGCUGGACAUGUACACCCAACCUUAUUUCCUUUGUCAGCUGUGCUUGGUAAUGCAAAUCACAACGUGAUGAAAUCUUCCAGUCAACGAAAGAAAGAACGACCAAGAUCAGGAAACCUAGGAUAUGCAUCUUACCAAGCUGCACAUUCAUCGAGCAUUUCAAAUUCUAAUCAAACUUCAUCCUCAAAUUUGUUAAAAUCAAAACUUUUGUCUACGAAUACAUCCAAUCCAUUAGGUGCCUUUACUAGUUCGUAUGCACCUUCAAAAACAAAAAGUUCAGUUGAGUCUACUGAAGAAAAUGAGAAACAUUGGAGAAGUCAGGAUCCAACAAAACUUUCAAAAACACAAGUGUACCUUCCAGGUGAUAGAGUUAUAUUUGCUGAAUCACCAUCGGCUCCUGGUAUUCCAAUCAUUUACAGGCUGGAGGAUGAACGUAACAGUAAUCCAGACAAGUUAAAUCUAGAUAGACGGAAGUUAUCGAUUUGUCCUAUACUGGAGGGUGAAGAGCAGUUGCGACUAUUAAACUUCCAACAUAAUUCUAUACGAAAGAUACAACACUUAUCUAUGCUCAAAAAAUUAAUAUUUCUAGACUUAUAUGAUAAUGAAUUAGAAGAAAUAUCUGGGUUGGCAAGCUUGACAUUGCUGAGAGUUUUAAUGUUGGGGAAGAACAGGAUCAAAAAGAUUAACAACCUAGAAGAAGUUAUUAUGUUGGAUGUGUUAGAUCUGCAUGGGAACAGAAUUUCAACCAUCGAGAAUUUGUCUCACUUACAUCAGCUGCGAGUUCUUAAUCUUGCCGGUAAUGAACUCACUGUCGUAAAAAAUCUAGCUGGUUUGGAUUCUCUGUCAGAAUUGAAUUUACGAAGAAACUAUAUUCAAACUGUUCAUGAAAUAGAUCAGCUCCCGUCCUUACAAAGAUUGUUUCUAAGUUUUAACGAACUUAAAACAUUUGAUGAUGUUUCAUGCUUAAGCAAAACGAAAAGCUUGAUCGAACUCUCACUGGAUGGAAAUUCAUUCGCAAAUAAUGCAGGAUACAAGCAAAGCGUAUUGCAAAACGUCACAACGUUAAAACAGCUGGAUAUGAAAAGAUUGACAGAGGAAGAAAAAAGAAUAGCUUGUGUGAUGGCAAAAAAAGAAGAUGAACGUCGAAAAGAACAAGAGAGACUGUCAUCCAUAAAAGAAAAAAGACGGCUAGCGAUCAACAAUGCACAUCGAGAAUGGAAACGACAAUCACGAAGCAAACAUAAUACGACAGGCACGGAUGCAAAUUCCAUACCUGCACAACAUUCCAACAACGAAACAUUGCACUCCACUUAUUCUUUAUCACCCUCCUCCUCGGCGACGUCUACGUCAGCUACAUUUGAACGGUCUUCAAAGCUCAGUCACGGUAUAAAAGAUUUCAGCGCAUGUCAUUUAGUUGAAGUGGAGAACGACUGCGUGUGUCUGUAUGGAGCAGGUUCACUGGAUGCACUGGAGAAAAACUGGGGAGAAAAAAACACGGCAAGCGUGACCUCGAUCGUGUUUAAAUAUAUCUCAUUCGAACACAUCGUGCCUUACUUACCGAAAUUAUCCACGAAAUUUAAUUCAAUAAAUACGGUAGAGUUUACUAAGACCAACAUUGAUACUUUCAAUGAUAUUAACGCACUUGCCUCGCUUUGUGAGAUGCAAAAUUUAGUCAUUUCUGAAGAAGGCAACGCAGUAACCAAGUUAACGUUAUGGAAACCAUAUGUAGUAUUUAGAUUGACAAAUUUGAAACUUAAGACAUUAAAUGGCAACGAGAUCACCGGUACCGAUGUUGUACAUGCAGAAAAAUUAUUUGGUGCUAUUUGUCACAUGACAACAACACAAUUAUCACAGACUCGAUUGUUGUCUCUGUUAAAUAAACAAAGUCAAGUAAAUGAGACCACAGAUAAUCCUGUUGUUUCGAAAAAUCCAGUCAAACCCAGUUCACAGAUUGGUGAUGUCUUCAGGGCAGGUUUAAUGUACGUCGAUUCAACAGAGAAAGCGAGAGAAGAAAUGCAAGAAAGGCUUACAUUCGCUUCCAAUUACGUCCACGAAAUUUUUAACACAUCCAUAAUGGCAAGCCGAAAGCAGAAACUUUUGGAUAGCAUAUUGCCACAAAUUUUUUCUGAUCUUGUUAACAAAUACUUUAAAGAAAUAGCCGACGUUGACGCAUAUUGCGAAGAUUCGUUAGAAAAGAUAAAAAGAAGUGUUAACGUGACGUACUGACGGUUGUUUGACGGUCUAUUCACGCCAACAUAACGUGCUGGUCGUUGUUUGGCAGUCGUUUUUCGCCAGUAGUGGCCGACGUAGUAAUUGCCUUGUGACGAUUGGAUGACGUCAAAGUGACGAAUAUGGGUUGUACGCUGAUGUGACAUUUGACAAUCGGUUAACGUUACGUAGCAAUAGUUAUUUGAAGGUCGGAUGACGUCACGUGACCGGCGAGUUGUGUGGUUGUUAGACUGCGGGUCUGUCUUUCGUAAAUAGUGCAGGCGUUGGUUAGUAAAAGAGAACUGUAAAAUACAGAAUAUAUUAAUAUAUUUGGUGUCAGUAAGACACGAGUUUUUUAAAAGUUGUAAAAAUUGAUAUUUAUACAAGUUACAAUAAUAAUUAUGAAUCAGUUCAA